AUGGCCGUCAGGCUCAACGUGAUGGGCGACGAUCGCGACGGGACAGGCAUGAUCCUGCUCUACGAAUUUCUCAUCCCAAUGAAGGACCCCGCGCACCCGUCCAGCUACAGCUUCGACCUGUUCGUCGCGCGCUUCGAGCGCAAGCUGGGCGAAAUCAUGAAGAAGCCGGGCUACGAGACGGAGAUCUCCCACGGGAAGCUGGGAUACUUCACAGCGAAGAAGGAUUACGAGAAGGUGUGGGACCAGGAAAGCUUUGAGGUCGCCGUCAAUCACAUGUACAUCCACCGCGGCGCCAGCGAAGAGAUGUCGUUCAUGUACCAGCCCGAGUACCCGGCGCAGAGAGAAGAGAGGCUCGCGACAGGAGCGGUGCAAGCUGGCUUCAAACUUCCAGGUAUCUCGUCGGGCAGAGCUGCUGCGACGGGACCCGCAGCUGAGUAUUUCAAGCUGCCAACCUUGCCAGGCAAGGCCCUACUUGCGGGCAGCACGACAGUGAGGAGCAGCAGUCUACCUGUUGCUGGCUUGGGCAGUGCAGAGGGGUCGUAUAAGCCGGAGAAGCUGAAUGGGACCAUGGCUGUCGGUGCUGCUACGGACGUCGAGAAGGACAUUGAGUUUGCGCGGCUCGAGGAGCUGGAGAAGAACGAUACCGUGGCCUCGUCGCCCGUUUCUCCCUUCACGAUCCGCCCGCCGCGAAAAUCUUCGUUGCCUGCGCAGGAUUCGAGCGCGGCUGAAGAGAAUUCAGCAGUUGUCAAGAUACCGACGAACUCCUCGAGCGGGAGACUGUCUAGAUCCUCUGGAUCGAUCAAGAGCGCCGUCAAGAAAGUGGUUGGCAUCGUGGCGAGGAAAGAGCCGGAGACCAGGGAAGAGAUGCAGCGCCGGUUCAAGACUCUGUACACGGAAGUUGGCAAGACUAGCUACACGCGCGGCGGUGACGAGGGGGCCUUAUCCCCUGAGGAUGUCCAGAAGUUUGAGAAAGCGGAUCAUACUGUCGUUGAAGGGGAAGCUGAGGCUGAGCCCGAGAAGACAGAAGAUGAAGACGAUGAAGACGAUGACAUUUCGAAUGAGGAUCGUAUUGUCACGAGGCUACAGGAACUUCAGAAUAUCGGGGAGCUGGGCCAGCUUCGAGAUCCGAAGGACACAGCCGGUACUUUGACUCGUUGGACAGAAUGCUGUGCCAUGUUCCGCAUUGAUCCCAGCGAGACGAAAAUGGGUGAGGUGGUCAGGAUCGUCGGGCUCAAGACUCCACUGUACCAGUAUCAGGCAUUUGGUGUGUACUGGCAGAUGGUCACUUCGCGAGAUGUCGGCGGUGGCUUCGUUGCCGAUGACAUGGGGCUUGGCAAGACGAUGUCGUUCCUCGCUUAUGUCGUCGUCGAGCGCCAACUUGCCGUCCUCUGGCGCGACGUCUUGAAAUCCCGAGUCGCCAAAGACGGAAGGCACCUAUUAUCAGGGGAGUCAGGAUCCUGCCCAACGUCGCCUAAACGGGGCUGGAUCACCUGUCCCUGCUCCUCCAGCAGCCCGACCUCGAAGCUGAACCUGAAGGUGGGACUCAGGAUGGCUUGCGUGCCGCAAGCGCUCGUCGGCCAGUGGUGGGCGCAGUGGAAGACGCACGUUGAUACCAGCGACAACGUGCUCGGGAUGAAGAUUGUGGUUGAUCAUCCGGCGCUCUGCAACGACUUCAAGACGCUGGCUGAGGACCGGGUGAAUAGCUGCGAGCAGUCCCAGGCUCGCGGUCGGAUGGAAGCUACCAAGGCUAUCAAAAACGCGAAGAAGAACGACGUGAGCAAAGAGCACCAGGAGGGGAUCUUGUUCUUGACGACCAAGGAGAACUAUCCGAAGUCGAUGAAGGCUUACUUUGAGAGCCCAGGGUUUGUGCACGACCCGAAAGUAGAAGGCGGAUGGAAGACCGGGACACGCUGCAGCUUGAUCUUUGGAAUCGCUAUGAUCGACGAGUCGCACGAAGAGUACUUCAAGAACAAAGGACGAGCAGGCAUAUUGGCGAACCUGCCGAGGCAGAACAACGCUGUUCGCCCCUUCGUCUGGGGAUACUCUGGCACUCCAAUCUCGCAGACACCGCGCGGGAUCGAAGGUGUCCUCUGGGCGAUCGAAAAGCAUUCCAAGACUGUCAAUCCCGCGUUCGAGUGGAAGAAGCUCGACGAGAUCUGCAAGGCCUACGACCACCAGCUGAAAAGCCACACGCGAGACGACGCCGCCGUGGCCCAGAUCCUCGCCGAUUUCAAGCCGUUUCUCGAAAGGCUGAUGCUGAGACGGACGGCCGAGACGAGGUGGUUCGGCCAUACCAUUAUGAAGCUCCCACCGCAUAUCCACGCCGACGUCCGCCUCGGACCUAACGAGACCUUCACGCAUUUGAUCCCAUCGCUCGAAAUGAGCUUCGACCAUGAGCGGGCCGAGCUCCUCGAAUCGCUGCAGGCGCGAUGGGAAGGGUUCCCCGAUCUGCGGAGGUCGAACAUCAAGCCAACCAGGCUGGCCUUUAACACCGAGACCCGAACGCUGUGGCGCUCGCGGAUCCUGGCUACGUUCCCGUAUCUGUAUAAGCUGAUGACGGGGACGGAAGACCGCCUGGAUCUCAGCGUUAAGGAGCUGCAAGCCUUCCAGGCGAGGAAGGAAUCGAACCCGUAUCGCAAGUACAUCAAGCAGAUUGUGGAAGGGAGCCCGAAGUGUCUGUGGCUGUACGACUUCAUGACGAAAUUGAGCCAGCAGGUCGACGUCAACAACAACCCGCACAAACUGGUCAUCAUGACCAGCUUUCCGCAGGUGGCCUACAUCCUGAAGCUAUUCAUCGCCAAGUACUUCCCGGAAUACAAAGACCUCGUGGGCGUCCUGGCCGGGCGCAUGAAAGGUAGCGAGAAGAGCGAGAUCCUCCGCGCCUUCACGGAUGCGAACAGCAAAUCGCGGGGUACCGCGAAGCCUUCACGCAGCGUGCAGAUCCUCGUCGGCCUGACGCAAGUCGUCGGCGUGGGCCUGCAGCUGCAGAAGGCCUGCCACGUCGUGCUGAUGGAGCCCGACUACGACUUCGUGCGUGAGCUGCAGGCGUACGCACGGGUCCACCGCAUCGGCCAGAAGAACCCGCUCUCGCGCUCCUUCCGCCUCAUCACCGACGACGACGCGAGCCCCGUCGAGCGCGCCAUCUUGCUCCGGCAGCUGGCCCGGAACGAGCUCGUGGGCAGGGAGGUGCGCGCCGAGGAGGUGGCGCGGAUAGAGGAGUACUCUACGCGCGGGGCGCGCUUGGAUGAGGAGGGCGUCGUUGCCGGGGCGCCUGUUCCUACUCUUGCUCCUGCCUGA